AUGACCUGUCUUAGAGUUAUGAAGAAGUCAGCCUCCGCAUUGACUUCGUUUGGUGCAGCUCGCCUUCCAGGUUGUUGCACAAGGGAUGGGGACUGUCGUUGGCUAGAGGCGUUUAGAGAUAUGGCUCAGAAUAGAUCCGUCUAUCCAGCAUCCCAAUUAGCUUUGCUUUAUGUUGCCAAUGAGAUACUUACUAAGUGUUCCAAGUAUGGCGUGCCGGAAUUCAAAGACACCCUGAAACCGUUCGUGACGGAAGCGGUUUGCCACUUGAGACCGGGGCACAUGAUUCCAAAACUGUCCAAGUUGUUCAACUACUGGUCUCAUCACAAAAUUUUUGAACCCAAAUUUGUUCAGCAGUUGCUCAACAAUAUCGCUCCAUAUGGUCAGGAUCAGAGCAAAGGGUAUCCGGUAUCGUCUGCUCCCGACACAGAAGAAGCAGCGAAGAAUUUCAAUCCCGAGACAUUGAUUGAAUCUUUGCGAAAACUGAAGAAACUAGAAGAUGAACUGGAUGAUGCAGCGAAACCGGACGUUGGAGCGAUUUAUGUGGAUCACCCGAUCGCCAGUAUAGUCAGUUCGUUGAAAAGCAAAAACGAAAGUCGAGCGUUGUCUCAACAGGUGAGCCAAAGACUGAUGUUGAACAAAGUGAUCUUAUAA